AUGUCCGGAAACGACCGAUCAGCGUCAAGAUUGACCGAGCCAAGCGCGGUCCCUCAGUCAGGUCCAUCCGACGCGGAUGCUUCGGUUCCCAUCGGCGAUACCUACUCAGUCGCUAAACCCACGAAGCGCCGGCGCACCGCCGACCCGAAAAACAAAUCAACCAAGAAUCAACACUUCUACUUUGUUGAUCAGAAUUCCUCUUCAAAAGAAAAGCGCGCACAUGUUAUGCGCCACCAUGUACAGGAAAAACGGAAACAUCACAAAACCCUGCGCGGGCCUCUCUCAGUUGACCCUGGAGCUAAGAAUGCCGAACAUCAUCGAUCAGGGUCCUCCUCGGCCGCAGGGCAGCCCUCUGACGUAACAACUUCGCUCCAAAUACGGUUUUCAAAUAUGAAAACACAACCUCAUCCUUCUUUGCCACAACACAUUGGCUCGCCGGUUACAAUACUCGAUGCUUCUCGAAAGGAUCCGUUCUCCAGUUUACCGAUGGAAUAUAACAGCACGGAUAUUGAAUUGGCUGAUUAUUGGAGGAACAAAUUGACGUAUUGGUCUGGACAGAAUGUCCACGUCAAGAACCAAAUAUUCCGCACAGCCAUGGGACACCCUCUUUCCUUCAAAGCAGUAGUGUUAUCCUACUGCGCGCGUUGGAAAGCACAGCUAUAUGGUAUGACUGACAGCGACGAGAUCCAACGUCAUGUUGGAGAAGCGGCGAAGCUCAUCGAAGAAGCUACCUCCGGCUCCGCGAUCGUCAGACCGGACGACCUUGCAAUGGCUUUGGGUGGCAUGGCCUUGCAAGAAGAACGAUUCGGUAGCAAAAAACUGGCGCAGGUUUAUGUCAACCGUGCCGUCCAGGUAUUGCGCCCCCGAACAGGGUUUAAUAGACCAGUGGAAACCUUCAUACACUAUGUCCGGUACCUCAUGCUACCUGAAGUGCCGACUUCCAGCCCCGCUGAGCAGAAAUGGCUUAUUACAUUCCUUCACGGAGCCAGAGAUCUCAUGCGCCGGCACAGCACGCCCGAAUACCUUCACCAAGUCCCACACCGCCUCUACGCCUUUGAAAUGGGGAGCCCCCUUUUCACUCUUCUCUCCAGCGGGCCUCGUCCUUCCCAGGUUCCGCAGGAAUCGCGAGUUUAUGUGGUUCGUCACGCGCAGACCCAAGAAGUCAGCCGAACCGCCUCUCUCAUCUAUAUCACGGCUGCACUGUGGGAUUACCAAGAAUCACCAAUUAAAACCGAUCGGUUCCUUGGUCACCUUUGGGCUUUGGUGAAGCAGCAUCAUCUUGAUCGUGAUCCAGCUUGCGAAACCCUCCUAUGGCUGUUGUUGGAGGAAGGCUAUGAUUCCGAUUUACAAGACCCCGAACGUGCAUGGUCGACAGGUGAACUGCUGAGGGUGCACAAACAACUCCGACCGGAUCUUCAAUUCCUCUGGAACGAGAUACUCAUGAGCUUCCUUUCCUUCCAGGCUCCUAUUCGUGGGGUUGAAGCCUUUGAAGAAGAAAUGUUACAUAGCACUUCACCGUGA